CGGGUAACAGGAGGCAUUCAGUGUCAGUGCGAUUCUAAGCUUCGCAGCAUCACUAUUUAAAAUUUUGAUCAUCCGUGUCAUAAAAAUGCAGGACAACCGAUUUUUCACAUAUCUCAUAGUACUUCUGGUAUUUUCUACUUCUCUCAAUCUUGCCAGAUGCUCGGUCGGCCAGCAGUUUGAAUCCGCCAGAGAGGGUCAAAAGUUGAAAGCCAACGAUAGGCGAUCCGCUGGAUUGGUGCCGUAUCCUAGGAUCGGUCGAAAUUCGGAAAUAUCGAGUUUUUCCAGAUCGGAGCGCGCUUUAGGUAUAAUACAAAGACCUCGAGUCGGACGAUCCGAUGUGUCGAGCUUGAGCAAUUUGCAUCGUUUUCACGACUUAUCGUCCGAUGCUGACAUCGAGUUCUAUUCUGUUGACAUGGAUCCUGAUGCUGUCUUAAAUUCUGAUUACGAAGAAUACGCAAACAAACCGAUAGCGCUUAAAUAUGCUGACAAGCUGCAAAAAGACGGUUCCUGGUUAUUACCUGAUCAUAUUUAUGGAUAUAAAGAUCUUCACUUUGCGCAAAAGAUGAAUGACCCUCGACUUUAUUACUCUAUUUUGCGAGAUUCUCGAAAUACUCAAGGCCAAGGAGGAUAUACUCCAAGAUUAGGUCGUGAAAAUGAACACGACGCCGGGAAUUUCCCGUAACUUAUUCACGCUCCGAUCACCUGCCUCGCAAACUUAGCGGAUUGUUAAUUGAAAGGAAAGAAGAGGAACUUACUAUCACAAAAGACGUCAUUAUAGGCACGUAACGUGUGAUGCUUUCGAUCGUUUCCUCAUUUGCAUCGGUGACCCACUUUAUCCUUGCACUUUGUACGCAAGUUAUGCGCAACACAAUACAUAAUCUGCAUUUAAA